GUUGCCGAGAGAGCGCUUGGUUAUUCAGGGGCUCGGUCGAUAUUGCUGCUGCUGCGGGUGAAUUCCAUCUCACAAUACGAUAAGGCGUACUUACUACCUUGAGUUCCACCACCAAACCCCGAGAAUGCCCUUCCUGGUUCUCCAUCCCUCUUCUACCAUACCCCAGGCGCAGACCCAGGCCCAGGCCCAGGCCCUCCUGCUCCUCACCCGUCGUUAAUGUCGGUUACACAGCCAUGAUGGCCCCCUUUCUGGCUCUCUGCUGUUUCCUUGGUCUGGCGCACAGACUGCUCGCCCAAAGCACCUUUGACCCCCUUGCCUAUGUUGACCCGUUAAUCGGGGCUAGCGAUGGCGGCAAUGUCUUCCCCGGCGCCUCCUUACCGUACGGCAUGGCCAAGGCCGUCGCCGAUACCAACAGCAGCAGCAACCAGGGCGGCUUCACCCUGGAUGGCUCUGUCGUGACCGGUUUCAGCACCAUGCACGACAGCGGUACUGGCGGAAGCCCGAGCCUGGGCAACUUCGCCCUCUUCCCCUACACCAACUGCCCCGGUGGCGACAUCGACCAAUGCGCCUUUCCCAAGAAGGCUCGUGCUAGGUUCGGAGCUUUUGCUAACAGCAGCGUCUCUGCCAAGCCGGGCACCUUUGGUAUCACCUUGGCCGGCGGAAUUCGUGCCGAGAUGACCACGACGCAGCACGCCUCGCUGUUCAGUUUCUCCUUUCCUUCGACUGGCUUGGAUGGCCAGCCAGCUCAGCCCCUUAUCCUGCAGGACCUCACAGACCUGGCCGACUCAAGGCAGGACAACGGCAGCGUGUCUGUGGACUCGGAAACGGGCCGCAUCACUGGUAGCGCUCGUUUCUUGCCCAGCUUUGGCGGAGGGAACUUUGUCUUGUAUUUCUGCACCGACUUCAAGGGGGCCGAGAUCCUUGACAGCGGCAUCUUCGUCAACAGCCGGGCAAGCGCGGCAGUCAAGAACCUGACCAUCUCGAGGUCUAUCAAUGGCUACCCGCUCCCGGGAGGCGCCUUUGUGAGGUUCAAGUCAGGGGCCAAGCCGAUUUUGGUGCGGACGGCCACGAGCUUCAUCAGCGCUGCUCAAGCCUGCUCGCAUGUUGAAACAGAAAUCCCCGGCUUUGACUUCGCAGGGAUAUCUAAUGCCGCAACCGAGGCGUGGCGCGCCAAGAUGAGCCCCAUCAAGGUGUCAACAAAGGGCGUCAACGAGUCUACCGUAACCAACUUUUACAGCGGCAUCUACCGGACCAUGAUCAACCCGCAGAAUUACACAGGGGAGAAUCCUCUCUGGUCCAGCAGCGAGCCGUAUUUUGACUCGUUUUACUGCAUCUGGGAUCUUUUUCGCUCCCAGCUCCCGUUCCUUACAAUCACGGACCCGGUCGCAGUGGCCCAGAUGAUUAGAUCUCUCAUUGACACCUACCGACACGUGGGCUGGCUGCCAGACUGCCGAAUGAGUCUGAACAAGGGAUAUACGCAGGGCGGCUCUAAUGCCGACAAUGUGCUUGCGGAUGCCUUCAUCAAAGGGAUCAAAGACGGCAUUAAUUGGAACGACGGCUAUACUGCUGUUGUCAAAGAUGCCGAAGUCGAGCCUUACGACUGGUGUUGCGAAGGCAGAGGCGGACUCGACAGCUGGAAGUCGCUCGGUUACAUCCCCGUCCAGGACUUUGACUACAAGGGAUUUGGCACCAUGACUCGGAGCAUCUCGCGGACGCUAGAGUACUCGUACAAUGACUUUUGUAUCUCCCAGAUAGCCAAGGGUCUGGGGAAGACGGGCGACGAGGAAAAGUAUCUCGGGACGAGCGAACACUGGAAAAACCUGUACAAGGCCGACCAGACGUCUGCGUGGUGGAAUGGGACUGACACGGGCUUCGUCGGCUUCUUUGAGCCGCGCUUCCUGAACAAGACCUGGGGAUUCCAGAACCCCCUCAACUGCAGCAAUCUCGACCAAUUCAGCGUCUGCUCCCUCCAAAACACUGGGAGAGAGACAUUCGAGAGCAGCAUCUGGGAGUAUGGAUUCUUCGUGCCCCACGACCAAGCAACGCUCAUGACACUGCUCGGCGGGCCAGAAGCGUUCGUGCGGCGGCUUGACUACCUACACGACCAGAACAUCACGUACAUCGGCAACGAGCCGGCCUUUCUGACCGUCUUCCAGUACCACUACGCCGGACGCCCCGCGCUCUCGGCCAAGCGAUCACACUUCUACAUCCCUUCCUUCUUCGCACCGACGCCCGACGGGCUGCCGGGCAACGAUGACAGCGGGGCGAUGGGGUCGUUCGUGGCGUUCGCCAUGAUGGGCCUGUUCCCGAACCCGGGGCAGGACGUGUACCUGAUCACGCCGCCGUACUUUGAGCGCGUGGCGGUCACGAACCCGACGACGGGCGCGACCGCCGUCGUGCGCAACGUCGGCUUCGACGCCUCAUACCGCGACAUCUACAUCCAGAGCGCCACGCUCGACGGCGAGCCGUACACGCGCAACUGGAUCGACCACAGCUUCUUCACCGACGGCAAGGAGCUGGUGCUGACGCUAGGCCGCAACGAGAGCACCUGGGGAACGCACGUCGAUGAUCUCCCGCCGAGCCUCGGCCACUAUGCCGGCUUCAACGGGACCUACUCGGCGAAGCGCAUGACGGGCGCCACCGGUGUCAGGAGCUAUAGAGGCGAGUUCGGGAUAUCGGGCAACAAAUGGGGAUCGUGAGGAACAUGGUU